CCCAGCCCCGCCUCAGAGUCCAGCUCCAGGCUCCUUCCUGUCUCCCCUUCUCUCCUUUUCUCCGGGGCUCAAUCGGGCCAGGAGCCGGGCAGGCAGCAUGGCCCCCGGCCCCCCGGCGGCCGCUGCGCUCCAGGAGUCAGUGACCUUCAAGGAUGUGUCUGUGGACUUCACCCAGGAGGAGUGGGGGCACCUGGCCCCCUCUCAGAAGGAGCUGUACCGGGAGGUGAUGCUGGAGAACUAUGAGAACCUCCUGUGCCUAGGCCUGGCCAUUCCCAAGCCAGAGGUGAUCUGCCAGUUGGAGAGAGGGGAAGCCCCUUGGAUGCCAGAGGGAGAUGCUCCCCAGAGCCCCUGUGCAGGUUUGGAGGCUAUCCCUGACCCUAAGAAGUCAGCACCAAAGCUUGGCACGUCUUCAGAAGAAUCAUCGCCUGAACGGCUCAUGGAGGAUUAUCCCUGUUUGUCCAAGGAAGAAGCUUCAGAACCUAAUGCCAGGAUAAAAAGGAACGGGCGUGAUGAGGAGAUCCAGUCUAGAAUUUAUACUGGAGAAAAACCAUGUAAUUAUGAUGAAUAUGGAAAGGCUUGGCCCAAAGGCUCACAAUUUACUACGCAUUGUAGAAUACUUACUGCAGAGAAACCUUAUAAGUGUAAUGAAUGUGGGAAGGCCUUUAGCCAGCGCUCACACCUUGUUGGACACCAGAGGAUCCAUACAGGAGAGAAACCUUAUGAAUGUAAUGUAUGUGGAAAGACCUUCAGAUGGAUCACAGGACUUAUUCAACAUCAGAGAAUCCAUACUGGAGAGAAACCUUAUGAAUGUAAUGAAUGUGGGAAGGCCUUCACACAGAGCUCACAAUGUACUCAGCAUCAGAGAAUUCAUAAUGGAGAGAAACAUUAUGAAUGUAAACAAUGUGAGAAAGUCUUCAGCCAGAGAUCUCAACUCAUUGUACAUCAGAGAAUUCAUACUGGAGAGAAAACUUAUGAAUGCACUGAAUGUUGGAAGGUCUUUAAAUGGCACUCACACCUUACUCAGCAUCAAAGAAUUCACACUGGUGAGAAACCUUAUGAGUGUGAUGAAUGUGGGAAAGCCUUCAGUUUGAGGAGAGGCCUUACUGUACACCAGAGAGUUCAUACUGGAGAAAAACCUUAUAAAUGUAAUGAAUGUGGAAAGGCUUUCAGACAGAGUUCACAUUUUAAUGUACAUCAGAUAAUUCAUACUAGAAAGAAAUCUUAUGAAUGUAAUGAAUGUGGAAAGACAUUCAGAUGGAGGUCAGAACUUAUUCUACAUCAGAGAAUUCAUAUUGGUGAGAAACCUUAUGAAUGUAAUAGAUGUGGGGAUGCCUUCAGCCAGAGGUCAAAACUUACUCUUCAUCAGAGAAUUCACACUAGGGAAUAAUGCUAAAAAAAAAAAAGGAAUGUGAAGACUGAAGAGGUCAUGAGGCAGAGCACCCCAUGUACAACACAUCAGGUGAUUCCCAGAACCACAGAAGAUCAGUGUUGGAAGGUCUGUCCCUGCACCCUCCAUCUUGUCCUCUUCUGCUUGUUCCUGGAACUCAGUGUGCAAGUCAUCACUAUAACGCAUCUGCAGUUUCUUUCCAACCUUCUAAAAACAUGGAAUCAUGGGAUUCUAAGUAUAGAGUUGGAAGGGGCCUCAGAGACCUUUGAGUCUGCCCCCCCCCUUUUACAUAUGAAGAACCUGAGGCCUGUGGACAUCAAGUGACUUGUCCCAGUUACACAGGGUUUACCCAGGUCUCACCAGGAGGUUGACAAAAAAGCUACCCUUGUCCCUCCACCCAUGGUCUCUAUGCCAGAUGGUCUGAACUGCUCUCAGAGUUGUCAGUGAGCUCCUAAUUACCAAAUAAAAGAGACUCUGGUUUGGUCCUUAUCCUCCUUUACUUCCUGUC